GACUCUUGCCCGAGGUCACCAGCUUUGCAGUGUAGCAUCCCCCGAUUUGAUCCCCUGUCUCUUUGGCUGCAAAACCUACACGCAGUCCUGGGAGCGGUUAGCGCCAACAGCUCAGAGAAAACGUGACGAAAACCAGUCUGUAAAACCCGAGCCUGGGAGAGGGGCUUCGGUGCGCGGGGGAAUUUGCAGACGCUCCCUGCUGGCGGAGAUUUCCUGACCUGUCCUUCAGCGCGGGACUUUCGGCGGGUCCCGGCCGGGCAGACCCGGGUGCCGGCGGCGGAGACUGCAGUGGAGCCAGUACCGGCUGCAGUGGCCGGGGCCGUGGCGGGAGAGUCAUGUUACAGCCGCAGCCGCGGGGCGCAGAGCGCGAUCUCUACCGGGACACGUGGGUGCGAUACCUGGGCUAUGCCAAUGAGGUGGGCGAGGCUUUCCGCUCUCUUGUGCCGGCGGCGGUGGUGUGGCUGAGCUAUGGCGUGGCCAGCUCCUACGUGCUGGCGGAUGCCAUUGACAAAGGCAAGAAGGCUGGAGAGGUGCCCAGCCCUGAAGCAGGCCGCAGAGCCAGGGUGACCGUGGCUGUGGUGGACACCUUUGUAUGGCAGGCUCUGGCCUCUGUGGCCAUUCCGGGCUUCACCAUCAACCGCGUGUGUGCCGCCUCUCUCUAUGUCCUGGGCACUGCCACCCGCUGGCCCCUGGCUGUCCGCAAGUGGACCACCACCGUGCUUGGGCUGUUGACCAUCCCCAUCAUUAUCCACCCCAUUGACAGGUCGGUGGAUUUCCUCCUGGACUCCAGCCUGCGCAAGCUCUACCCAUCAGUGGGGAAGCCCAGCUCCUCCUGAUCAUACUCUGGUACCUGGCCUGUGCAUUGGCCUCCUGCUUCAUGUCAACCUCCCACUCCUGCCAGGGGAUGUGGACGCCUGGCUCCCUGGGGUCCAAAGACCCUGGCACCUGGGUUGGUUUGAGCCGGACAGAAGCUUAGAGACAAAGGCUUCAAGAAGCAGUGGCUGCAGGGAGUCACAGAUGGGCAGGACCUGAACUCUGUCAGCUUCCCUGGAAUUCAAGAUGCUGAGUGAAAGUGGACCCUGGGUGGGCCCAGCCCUGUCUUUUUCAGGAAAAUUACAUCCUCCCAUGGAGGAUGAGAGACUGAGGCUCAGGGAGGGCAAGGAAUAGCCCAAGAUCACUUGGCAAGCUGGGCACCCAGGACCCCCAGGUGCUUGACAGAGUCACCCCAUGGUGGUAUGGCUGAACAAGGAGCAGCAAACUCAGGGAGAAACUCAGGAGUGCAGUACCAGGGAUACCUCAGGACAGAUUCUCUGGCCAGGCCCUUCCCUGACCCAAUAAAUCCUGAAGAGGUU